GGUUUCAAAUUUGUUGUUUAGCUCUUAAUUAUUUAGUUUAAUUUGAUGGCGAAGAUGUCUGCAGAGUCAUCUCUUGUGAUUGGAAGAGUGAUUGGAGAUGUUGUUGACUCCUUCACUCCCAGUGUGAAAAUGGGUGUCACUUACACCUCCAACAAACAAGUCUUUAAUGGACAUGAGUUCUUCCCCUCAGCUGUCACUCAAAAACCAAAGCUUGAAGUUCAUGGUGGUGACAUGAGAUCUUUCUUUACCCUGGUCAUGACUGACCCAGAUGUUCCAGGUCCUAGUGAUCCAUACCUCAGGGAGCAUCUGCACUGGAUAGUGACGGACAUCCCAGGCACAACAGAUGAUACAUUUGGAAAAGAGGUGGUGAGCUAUGAGAUGCCAAGGCCAAACAUAGGAAUACACAGGUUUGUGUUCCUUCUGUUUAAGCAGAAACGCAGACAAGCAGUGAUAUGGGCACCAGCUUCAAGGGACAAAUUCAAUACUAGAAAGUUCGCGGAGGAGAACGAGCUUGGCCUUCCUGUGGCUGCUGUUUUCUUCAAUGCUCAGAGAGAAACUGCUGCAAGAAGACGUUGAAAUCAUGCAUAAUAAUAUUUAAUAACCUAGCUUAAUUUCUACUAAACUAAGCUCCAUCGUUAAUACAGUGCAAUUCUGUAAUAAAUCUCUAUUAAUUGCACGUAGCAGACCAAAUACCCCUGGCAGUGAUCUGUUUAUUGUUGUUGUACAAGACCUAGUGAUGCUUCUAUAAUAUUGGCUUGGCUUGUUGUAUACAAAUAUUAUGGGUUGUUCUAUAAAUGCAGUGAUUAUUUA